CCUCCCAAACGAUUCAACGAUUCCAAUCAGUUCUCUGUCCGUUCACAACCCACACGAUUCCCGGUAUUGCGCACACUCGACUUGGGCAACAAUCCGGAUCUGACUCGUCUCGCGUUUGAAGUGUGCGAUUUACGGAAUUUGCAACAACUGUUCUUGGACGGAUGUAGUGCUUUGUACGAGCUCCCUGCUGACUUGUGGCGUCUACCAAGUUUGCACGCCCUCUAUCUGGAUUGCACACCGUUUGAUGAGAGUGUGCGAUCCAUAUCGUAUGCGAAACCGGCUUCGAAAAUUGUACAACAGCCUCCAACAGCGAGGGCGUCGCCGGCCGGGGGGACCACGACGCAACCGGCCGUGAACAACGAGACACGGCGAAUGUUGGACGAAUUCCGUCAUGUGGCUGAAGCAUAUCAUCCUUAUCCCCAUCUCAACCUGGUCGUACUUGGAUCGCCAAGUUCGGGAAAAUCCACAUUGAUCCGUCUGCUGCAUGCCGUGGACCAACCGGAGAACGUGUUCCGUGCAACUCAGCACACGAAAUCAAAAUACGACCCUCCGUUGGAGUUCAAAUUGAAAUCAUCUUCCCUAGACGACGGAUCAAAUGCGACCCAAAUUAUAAAUUCAGCCACCGGUUCCAGUGAUUCGCGUAUUCCAGACGAAAAUCACUUUCAAACUGGAGCUGUGCCGGCAGUUCACGUUAGCCAACUAAUCAUUCGUUCCCCGUCCACCAAGGACGGCAAAACAGAGGCCACUUGUUCGGAUCUUUCUUCUGCACCAGUGACAGAAGAUCGGGUCUGGUUUCGUGUCUGGGAUGUCGAAGGUGUGCACACGAGUAUGUGGGACCGGCAACGGCAGGUGUACAAUCCAGCGUGUUUUCGGCUGUCGACCAGUGCACUGAGUUGUUUGCAACAAAUCACGUAUUCCCGUGCCUCGGUAUUUCUUGUCCUGUGGCGUAUGUCUGACGGCGUGGACGGUCUGAACCGAGUUACUCGCUGGUUAAUGGACAUUCGUGCACAUGCGGAAUCCAGUCCGGUGAUCCUAGUUGGUACCCAUGCUGAUCAAUGUCCUUCGGGGCAUUCCAAUCCAUGGCCUCCUAUUCGUCUGAAUCGAUCGUCUGGUCGAGCCAUGGAUCGAUCGAAACAGAGUGUGCAACUCUUGAACGCUCUGGUUCGCUCACGUUUUGCCGGGCAGACCGAUUUAGCUGCAUUCGGAUUACCCAGUCUAUUCGGUCACGUGGUUCUCAACCUGAUGGCCAAUCGAAUCAAAUCCUCCAUUCUACUCGAUCCGACUCCGGGAACUAUGCCCACGUGUGCUUUAAUCAACCUUGCGGUACCGGAUCUCUAUCACCGUGCCGUUGGCUGUGUUCACGAGAUGACCGCGGAAAUGUUACACUCGUCGUUACCGCCUGUUCUAUUGGUCGAUCAGUUCCUAGUGGAACUUGAUCGCCGAUUGCGUCGAUUAGGUCAUCCUGAACCGAUCGAAUUCAACCCGAAUCCCCUUGCCGGGAACAAUUUGUCUUCAUACGAUCGUGCUCCGUCCACUCAGACGGUUCAUUUGGCUUCCAAUCAAUGCGUUUAUCUGGGUCGACGAAGUCGCGGAUUCGAGUCACGUGAAGAGGCCAGAUCAGUGCUAUCGUUUUUGCGCGAAUUCGGAAUAGUCUGGCAUGCGGACGAUCCACAACUGCAUCAGGUGGUUUUCCUAUCCCCAGUUUGGUUGUUCCAGUGGUUGUUUGGACUAUUUGUGGAGAUUGGACAUCGUCGUUCGGCUAGCACAGCUGUUGUUCGUCAUGGCCCAUUGGGAACAAUCUCCCAGUCCAACUAUUCGGCUAGUUCCGCCAUUCUGACCCAAAGCGAAUUCCUCCGCAUGGCUCGAGCUCAGCUGGGCGAACAGAAAGAAUCCGACCGGAUAGAUUUGCGUUCCAAUCGACUUCAGCUCGCCCUACGAGUUCUGAUCCCCGUGAUGAGCAAAUUGCAACUAGUCAUCCAGUUGAACACGACCCGUUUAUUGUUACCCGCGUUUCUCUCGUCGCGUCGCGUUCGACUAUCGUGCGGAUCGAAUUUCCCCCCACUGUCUACUAGCUUGUCUGUGCCUCCGAACGAGGUAAAACGAAAGGACCGAUCGAAAUGUGGUGUGAAACCUUGCUUGGCGCGUGCAGGAAAAGAACAGGCACUGGUUGUGACCCCUGGUCCCAAAUCCCUGAAACGCACAGCACCUUGGGGACCGUUAGAUGUGCGAACGGUGCCCGGUGAGGAAAUUGUACGUCUCUAUGUGACUACCUAUGUCCCUACGGAUUUCUGGACACGUUUGGCUUCGCGACUUCUAACGGAUCCUUCAUUGGAUGAAAUAUGCACGUGA